CGAUAAAGUUCAUGCGGCACUCGUUUUGGGUUGCCGCUGUUGCCGUGGAGUCGCGUGAUUGUCGCAUGGCGCCGAUCUCAAAAGGCGUAUGACAUCACUCUUGAUAGGAGUCGUACUCAUCUGUGUAAGUUAGUGCAUUCCUCUCCAAGCUGAAUUCUUUGAUAUCUAGGACGCACUCUCGAGAUCACUGUUCUUAAAUCUAUAACUCAUCAUGGGUCAACUUUAGUCAGCUUUCGUUGGCGAAGUCUUUCCUCCGGCAACCACGCGUCCGACGUCCCAGACAUGUCGGGGAAGGUUGUUCUCGUCACGGGUGCUAACGCAGGGAUAGGGAAAGAAACUGCCAGAGUCCUCCUCACAAAAAACGCAAAAGUCUAUGUUGCUUGUCGUGACAAGGCCAAGGGUGAGGACGCUAUUCGCGAGCUCAGGGAGAACACAGGAAAGGAAGCAAUUUUGUUGCAACUCAACUUGGCAAAUUUGAAAUCCAUAAAGGCUGCUGGAGAAGAGUUUCUGAGCAAGGAGCCCCAAUUGCACGUCCUGUUCAACAAUGCAAGAGUAAUGAACCCUCCUGUUGAGAUGCUGACGGACGAUGGUUAUGACCUACAAUUUGGGACAAACGUUGUUGGACACUUCUACUUCACAAAGCUCGUUAUGCCAGCUCUUCUUGCGGCUGCUAGGGAGUCGCCUGACGGAAAUGCACGCAUUGUUAACACGGCAUCUAAUGCCCACUGGUUCAGUGGUCUAGACUUCAACACUUUCAGGGACUCUCCCGCCAGGAGAAACAAGAGCACCACGAUUCUCUAUGGCCAAAGCAAAACGGGGAACAUCAUAUUUUCGGUUGAGCUAGCCAGGGGAUAUGGUGACCAGGGUGUAGUCUCAACCGCGCUCAACCCUGGUAGUAUCAAAACCGAGAUUUCUCGUUAUUACGGUUUCUUCGCUCGCACGUUAGGCAACUUGAUAUUUCACGAUGUAUCAUAUGGCGCGCUCACGCUGCUAUAUGCUGGAACCACCGCAGAAGGAGCUAACCUUAACGGAAGGUAUCUUAUUCCGUGGGCACGCAUUGGAAAUACACGCGCGGACGCGCAGGAUCCACAACAGGGAACGGAGCUGUGGAACUGGCUGGAGGAACAAGUUCAGAAUGUUUAG